AGUUUUAAAAACGCCUGACAGGGAAGGAGUCGUCGGUUCGUUCCGCUCAGAUUUCGUUCACUAUAAAUUAGAUGUACAUGAGUCUCUGGGGCAUCGUCAAACCUCCGGUAGGGCAAACUGCUCAGGAAGACAUUAACGGGACGUGUUUUUCCUUUGUAGAAGCUUGUUGUUUAUCAUUUUCGGUCAAACGUACGUACCUAGCGUGGACGUUAAUAUACGGUAACGUUAUGUCAACAGCAGGCUGUAGCAAGUGCCUUUCUACUGAAGUCAAAAUGUAUUUACUACAUUGUUGACACUAGUAGGUCAUGUCCUGUCAGCAUACGGUUAAAUAUUCACACAAAUACACUGUGUAUACUUUGACAAGCAUUGAGUACAAAUUAUGGGGCUUUAUUUGUUGUGUUAGUAGCGUAAAAACAAUACAGCCUGAAUACUUUUGAUUAAUUCACUUAGGUGCCUACUUUUGCUGUUCGUAGCGACCUAAAACCUAAACAGUAACAGUAAAUGUUUGAAUAAAGUCGCAGAAAUCAAAGUUAAAGUAAAAAAAAAAAAAUCACAAAAAGUGAAGGGGACCUGUAAUGAUUAUUUCCAGCUCUAUGUUUUAAUCUUGGACUCUCUUAGAGUAGCUUUGCUUGAGUCACAUUUCAAAAUAAUCCUCAUUUACCUCAUUCCGAACCUUGAGGCAGACUCCCAGGUUAGCCUCAUUCUCAAACAAGCUCCUGUCCCUUUAAGAACUCUGUCUUCUGAUUGGCUGCCCCUCACAAACAGCAGGCACUGUCUACCUGAAGUCUAGCCCUCUAUAGGAAGUCACUAUGAACCAUGAUUUGAGAGAAGGACAUCUGGUUUUUCUGACACAUGAUCACAAGAGCACAUGGUGUGAUAAGAAGCAGACACUGAAUGUCUCUUGGUUGGAAAAGUACACGUGGGAAGCUAACAAAGGCUGUGCCCUUUAAGCCAUACCAGCAGGCCAAGAUUUACAAUACCACAGACAUGCCCCAGGUGCACUCUAAAAGCAUCAAGACAAGAUGGAAGCAUGUAUGAUGAAGCCAGGCGUCAAAACGAAACCAAAGUCGAUAAAAAGAAAUGAACCUGAGCAACCACCUCCCGCGGUUCCUCUGAGACCAACAGAUGCUGAACUGAGUCAUACGCAAUACAGAUUGAAUAAACUGACUGCAACAAACAAUGAGGAACUGAACUCCCCGACCAGAUGCAGCCAACGCAGGCCAAGUGCACAGACCAAGGACGCAGAGACCAAGGACACAGAGAUUGCCAAAGAAACUGAACAACCAGAAGCUGCUGCAGUUGGAAUAUUUUGGCGGAGCCAAAAAGAGAGAAUGCCCACUUUGACUGUCAAAGAGUCACUACAGAGUGAGGCGUCUGCCAGCAAUGGGAGUCUGUCUGAGAACAACAGCACAAAAGAGAAAAGAAGCGUUUUCAGAUCGAUCUUUAAGAAAUCUCCAAAACUAUCCGAAGGCCCCCGGUUGGAGGAGGGUGCUGAGACGUUGCAUGGCAGACCUUCUGCCAGCACUGACAGCCUUUCAGAAAGCAAGGGGAAAGGUGGUUUGUUUAGUGGACUCUUCAGAAAGACUCUGAAAACGCCGGGAGAGGGGAAUCUGUCAGCAAACAAAGAUGUGUCAGGCAGCAGUGACAGUCCGUCUGAGGCUGCCAGCACAAAGGAGAAAGGCUUGUUCAGGGAAGCAUCGGGAGCAAGGACAGAGUCACCGGGCAUAGAAGCUCAGAAAGAGCUGCUGACCAGCAAUGAUGACCUAUCUGACAAUAACAUCACCGAGGAGAAAGAUUUUUGGGGGAAGAUGUUUGAGAAGCCGCAUAAACCAGCAGAGAGCGCUGCAGCAGAGAUGGAGUCGGAGGGGAAUACUGAGGACCAGUUUUCUGCCAGCUGGGAGAAUUUGAGUGAUUCGACUGUCACGAAGGAAAAGACAGGAGGAUUGGCAGGGCUCUUCAAAAGGUCUCCCAAACCAUCUCCGCGCUCCAUCGCGACUCAGGAUCCGCUCUCGAGCCACCUGUCAGACAGCUGGGACAGCCUCACAGAUGCUGGAAAGGAGGAUGUUUUGGCAAAGAGUCAGUUGUCCACCAGUAACGACAAUUUUUUAGUGGCUUCAAGCACCCCAAAGGAGAAAAAAGUCGGGUUCUCUGGGAUCACUGGGAUGUUCAGACAGACUGAGGAGCAGCAGGAAGGUGAGGACAUGGAGGCUCCAGAAGGAGGUGGGCUGAGAUGCAAGACAACCAUCAAGAAGAAAAGACAAGUUGUGUCAUUCCGAGUCAAGAAAACGCUUCCAAAAAUUCCCGAAAUCGGUCUGGCUUCACAGAGUUCAGAUAAAAUGCCUGUCACUGAGCAGACUUUUGAGAUGCAGGAGAUGAACCAAGCACAGGUGAGCACAUUUGUGGUCCAGCCAGUGGAGAUGGCUGCUUAUCCAACUGAGGAAAACCCAGCUGAAAUUGAGCCAGAAGAAGCUGAGCUGAUGGAGUGGUGGAACACAGUGAAAGGUUGGACGGAGUGGAACGAGGCUUCUGAUUUCCAGGAAGAAGACGAGGAAAUGGCGAUGGAGCAGGCAGCUGAUCGUGUUUAUAUGGCAGCCCGUCUGUUUGUGCGUCUUUUCAACCAGCACGGGGGCUCCUUACAGCAUCGCAUCCUGGAGCUUUUGGCUAUGGCAGAUGCUGCAGAUGAGUUCCAUAAGAAGACGGUGUCCGCCGCUGUGGGGGGAGGCGUGGCCAGCGUCGCAGGCAGCAUCACCACAAUCACCGGGCUCAUUCUGGCGCCCUUCACUUUUGGUACCUCUGUUAUUGUGACAGCAGUGGGGAUCGGUGUGGCGACGGCGGGCAGCAUCACGUCAGCAACGGCUAAUAUCACAGACACGGUCCACUCCAACAUGGACUGUAAGAAGGUGGAGAAAAUGAUUCAGGGCUACCAGGAGGAGAUCAAAGACAUCAGAGAGUGCCUGGAGUUUGUUCAGGAAGGUAUUGACACCCUGCAGGAGUGGGAUUUUGAAAAAUACGCACAAAGUGCUGCCAAAAAGGCUCUGAACCACAACAUUAAACACGUGAUGAAAGAGGGAGGCCGCGCUGGAAAAACCCUGAUGAUCAACACAGAAAAGCUCAUCAGCACCGUGCAGGUUUUAAGUGCAGCAGGUGGCGUCGCCAAGGCCGCACGGGCCAUCAGUGUCACCACAGGUGUCAUAUCAGCGCUCUUUUUGGCUUUGGAUGUUUUCUUCCUCGCUAGAAACUCUCACGAGCUCCGCAAGGGUGCCAAAACCCAGUUUGCCAGCAAGAUCAGAGAAGUUUGUAAAGACCUUCAAAAUGGCCUCCUGGAGCUCAACAAGGUGAAGACGCAGUUGCAAAAGACAAUGGACGGCAUUGAGGUGGAGGAGUUUGAGGAGGUUGAAGAGGUGGAGGUAGAGGCUGAGGACGACUUGGCGUCUGAUCCAAAGAAGCUGGCUGAGCUGGAGCAGGAGCUGGACCUACUGGAGGAGAAAGUAGACAAGAAGGUCGAGGAUGUGCAGAAGAAGGUCAAAGAGAUGGAGGAAAAUUCAAAAAUUAAAAAGGAGAAAAAAGAUGAGAAGGAGAAAAAGAAGGACAAAGAGAAGAAGGAGGACAAUAACAUCAAGAACAAGGUUGAAGAAAAAAGCAAGUCCAAAUUGGAGAAGAUUCCUGAUGAGGAAAAGAAGGAGAAAAAUGAGGCAAGUGACAAAACCAGCAAAGAAGAAGUCCUGAAAGAACAGUUGCAGAAAGAAAGCAAACAAGACAAAGACACCAAGAACCAAAUAACAUCUGGAAAUGACAAGCAUGAGAGUAUGGGUGGCAAAAUAAAAGAUGAUAUUGGUACAAAUAAAACAACAGAAAAAGAGACACAUAAAACUGGAAAGGAGCAGGAGAAAGUGAAGAGCACAUCAGAAGGUAACAAAAGUGAGAGGGUCAAAAUUGAGAGAGAAAGUGAAAGGAGAAGAAGCAGCAGGGAUGAUGGAGAGAUGAAGCCACCUGAAAAGACACCUGUAAAUGAGAAAGCAGGGGAGAGAAGUAAGAGGAGACACAGCAGCAGGAGUGAGCAAGGGGGAGAAAGAGGAGGCAAACAUCUAACAGGAGAAACUGGUGAGGGGUGGCAAAGUUGCCACAAAGACGGACAGAGCACGAGAAGUUGGGAGGAGGAGAGAGGAGUGAAGGAUUGGAGAGCUGAGAUGACAAAAGGUAGAGAAGAAAAGAGAGAGGGUCAGGAGACAGAGAGGAGGAAAGAGUCGCAUCAAGAUGAUGAAAUAUCGUCAACAAACAGGAGGGAGUCAGAAAGGGAGUCAGGGAGCAGCAGAGAUGAUUCAAAGAGGAGCCACCCCAGGACGGGCCAUGAGGAGCAGGGGGAGAGGAGAGAUGAGAAGAAUACCAGUUUGGUGGUGAGCACAAGGAGGCAGUUUGAGAGAGCAGGAGGUGAGGGAGAGGAAGAUAAGGCAAAGAGAAGACAGGAUGGAGGGAAUGAGAGGAGUAACACCGAGAGGAGAGGAAGUGAAAAAGAUGUAGAGCAUGAACACAGCCACCGAGGACAUCGAGCUCGCUCCAACGAUUUCCUGCGAGAUAGACUGAACAUUUAAUUCUAACAUCUCACAAUAACAGCUGAAAUCAACAGCGUGGUACUCCCAGAAGAAAAUCCACGCCAGAUAUUGCCUGAGAUUUGUCACAUUUUCAGGUUUCUCACAGUACUGCAGUGAACCAGUGAUACCUGUGUACACUUCAAGGUGUACAUUACAAAUAGGAACUGCAUUCAGCUACUUUUAGUGAUGCAGAUACCGAGAAGAGACAGCAGGAGGUGACAUUAAAGCAACACAGAGGAUGAGCUUGUAUGUGAUUGCUCACAUCUGACAUCUAAAACAAUAAGCAACUGCAGCUUUAAAUAUUACUUUGGUGAAGAAGAAAAAACCGUGAUGUGGAAUUGAAAAAGUUCUGCAAAUCAGCUGAUUUUUGCUCUCCAGCAGUAAGAAAGUGAUCUGAUUGAUUUAGAAAUAGCAGCAGCAGCAGCAUCGUGAGCCGUCCAGAGAUGCACGAGAAGAUCAGGAGAUCAGAAGUAUUUGAUGAGCUGCCGGCUCAUCGAUCCUCUGCUGUGCUGUUGGUUGGAUUACCAUGAAUUUUAAUAAUCCACAGAGGAUAAAUAUAAUGACUUUGGCGCCUUUAGCACUACCAUCGGGUCAAAGAUAAAACUUUGUCACAGAGGGAAAUUUACUUCAAGUACACAAUGCUGGUACAAUGCAAUGCCAAAAAAUAACUCAAAAUAUGAGGUAGUUAACUGUAACUACUUAUUAACUAUCCAUCCAUCCAUUCUCUUCCAUUUAUCUGGCACCGGGUCACGGGAAGAGCAGCCUAAGCAGAGAAGCCCAGGCUUCCCUCACUCCAGCCACCUCCACCAGCUCAUCCGGGGGGACCCCAAGGUGUUCCCAGGCCAGCCGAGAGAUAUAAUCUGAAACACAUGGAGGCCUGAAACACAUGGAAGUGUUUCAGGCCUCCUCCUGGUGGGACAUGCCUGAAACACCUCCAUGAGGUGUACUAAUUGACUAUAACAUAUUAAUUAGCAGGCUAAUAUUUGCAAUAUUUAGGCUAAAACUCUGAAACGCUCUCUUUUUCACUCGCUUACUUCAGUGAGCAAAUGUAAGUGGGUCUAUCUGCAAACACUCAGUACAACAGGACACUAACACUUCAUAUGAAUCAUUACUUUUUGAUGCGAGGACAUGUCUUUAGGGGUGUGUCAUGUAGUCUGCAAAACUGCAGAUUGACUCAUGUUAAAGCUCGGUGCACUGUGUCAUGGUUAGCAGAAAGUAGUGUACAGGCCGUCUGCAUGUUUUGCAAUUUCAGGGUACUUUCUUUUGGACUAUUUGAUGCACUGGAUGAUAGUAAAAAUAGUAAGGGAGGGUUCAUUUAAGACAUGGCUGAAGUCACUAUAAAAUUUCUUCAGCUGAAUAGGGGAGACCGCGGAGACUUGGGACAUAAAUUAAUCUAAAUACAAAAUGUGUGUGGAACCCUGUAUAACAGCAACACAAACCUUUUUAUGCUUGUUAAAAUCUACACACAAAAAGGUUUUUAGGCAGCAGAACAUUUAAAAAGAAAAAUGCACAUUUUGAUGAAAUAUAGGCAAUUAAAAUGGACCUUGUAUAUGGGGAGACAUGGGACACAGAGCAGGAAGAUAUGGUACACCUAACACGUUUUCUUAUGAAAUAUGAGAUCAUUUUUUAAAACAUACUUUUAUUAAAACCAUUUCUCUGUAAUUGAAUGCAAUGUGAACACUGUUAACCAAUUUGUUAACUAGGAUGAAUUUUAGUUCGGUUUUUGCAACCCAAUAUCAACCUUUAAAUUUGAUCUGAUUUUGAGCCCAUGAUUGGUGUAUUUUUUAUUUUGUUUUUGGUGGCCAGCUCGAAUGCUAACUUUCUAGGUUGUUUGGAUGUUAUCCCAUGAAACAUUUUUGAGGAAGUUGAUAAGUAUUGCAUGAGGGUUUCCUCUUGUCCUUUGUUGAAUACUUGGUUUAUACUGUUUAUAGUGUUAAUUUUGGAAUACCUUUUUCUUUUGCUACUGAUCUGAUUAAUUUCCCUCAAUCACUUCCUUUACUGCAGCCGUUAUUGCAUCACUGCUGAUUAAGCCACGCUCUGUUGUUGUUGUUUGCUUUCUAGGCAUCUGAAAUAAACAGCAUCAUUUUAAGAAAGUGAAACAGAAAUGAGAAUUAAAAAUCCAUAAGGGGAGAGAUGGGACAGAUGUAUUUUUCUUUUAAAAGAUAAAAAAUAAAUAUGCAAAAAUGUGGUCGUUAACUGUUUGAUCUCUGUAGUUGCCAUUACAGCAACAGGGGCUCCGUAUUGGUACGAUGUACGUAGCGAUGGCAUUGGAUGGAAAGCUUACAGUACAAGUUCGGGAGAUGUUAAAAUAAAAAUUCCACCUACAUUGUUUAUAGGUGCAUCGAGAUGAGGAAGAGGAAGUUCUUUGUUGGCCUACUUAAAAACAAAUAUGAGAUAUAACCUUUAAUCUCAUUGGUUGCUCCAGUUUCCUAGAAACAACCCCGUCCCAAGUCUCCCCGGUCUCCCCUAAAAAGCAGGUGAAUGGUUGGAUUUGGUGAGUCAGGAUGAUUUGCAGCCUGUGCUUUAACUAAAAUGAUCUUUUUAUUAGAGCAUUUUUUUGUGAGACAGAUUGAGAUGGGUGAGAUGUGGAUGUUCCUUCCUUCCUCCCUCUUUUAUCACUGACUUUGGUUCAACACAGCAGUCAUUAAAAAAAGAGAGAAUAAGAUAGAGUGAACAUGAUUAUUAUUAACAUGAUGUUAACUCCUAACAUCAUAUACCUUUUUAAAUAUAUUUAAAACAUGUUACACUACAUGGCGUCUUUCUUUUUUCAAAAAUUGGUGUUUCAGGGUAAAAAUUGUAUGAUUGUUUUUAACUCCUGCUUUUUCUAUCAAUAUGCUGCAUAUUUUUAUUUUGCAAAACACAACAACAACAAAAAACAGUUUGACUUCAUAUUUCAGGUACUGCAGAACACCUGCCCUAGAAAUGCACUAAGCUCAGAAUAAUGAUGUGAUGCCUGUUUGUUUUUAAAACUCACCUGUUACGGAUUUUCAGAGCACUUUAACCAGCUGUGUUAGUGUUCACAGGUUUAAUGCCACUACAUUUAGUGACAGCUGUGUGUGUGUGGCUGUAGGUUUUCACCACUAUAUGUAUAUGGUCAUUGUAUGUAUUUUUAUGAGUUUUUUUCUAUGCCACUGGACUUUUCUUGAAUAAAUAAAUAGUUACAGAAAACUCUGCUUUGCCUCCUUUUUGCUACACAUUAGGGGUUUGGGACAAAGCUAUAGCCAAUGAGUCUAG